UGAGCAGCGUCAUCCUGGUUGCUGUGGAGCCGGCUCGCGUGGCCACACGCCUUGCCCGCCUCCUGACAUGGGCAGCGCUGAGAGCGCCGAGGCCCGAAGGGUGUCCUUCGAGAUGGAUGAGGAGGAGCGGGUCCGGGUGCUGCAGGGCAUCCGGCUGUCCGAAAGUGUUGUGAACCGCAUGAAGGAUUGCAGCCAGCCUUCAGCAGGGGAACAGCUGGCUCCUGGUCUUGGUCCUGAGUGCUCCUGCUCCGUUCCUGUGCCCAUUGUCCCUCAACCAACCAUUCCAGCGCUUACUGUUCCUUCACCCUCUGUAUGUGGGCCCGCAGAAGGCACCUAUAAAGCCCCUCACGGAGACUUUAAAGUGUCCAGGGCAGAGAGUAGUGAUGGCCAGCAGUCCUCAGCAGCGAAGGAGGAUCUCAAGAGGUUCCAACAGGAGCGGCUGGCAGUCCAGGAUGAGCUGGUCAAGGUGGCAAGAAAGGAGAAAGAGGCAACUGAGAAGCACUUGAAGUCAUCCCUGCCCAAGAAGAAGGCCACCCAUGAGCAGCAGCAGUCAGAUCGCCUAACCAGGGAACUGAAGAACAGAGAGGCCGAGCUCAGCCGCCGUGACGCCUUCUACAAGGAGCAGCAGGAGCGCAUCCAAGAGAAGAAUGCUGAGCUGUAUAAACUGUCUUCUCAACAAUUCCACGAGGCGGCUUCAAAAGCAGAGAGCACAAUAAAGCCCCGCAGAGUGGAGCCUGUAUGCUCUGGCCUACAGGCCCAGAUCCUCCGCUGCUACCGUGACCAUCUGCAUGAGGUACUUCUAUGCUCCGACCUGGCCAAGGCAUACCAGCACUGUGUGAGCACCGCCCGCAAGGGCUGAGGAGCAGCAUCCUUCCUGGAGCCUUGAAGAAGGGACCGAUCAUGAGACCACAGACCAUGGUCCCCAUGCCCUGCAGUCUCUGACUGAGCACCCAUAUGCCUCUGAGCAUGGGGCUGCCAUGCUCAAGAAACAGUAUGUGCUACUGAUGGAAAAUAAAUAAAGCAGAUGUCUUUGUUUGCAGUCAUUCA